CGCGGAUCUUAACCUAGUUAUAACUCAUAAAAUUAUGACAUCUAUCAAUUAAUCGAUGAGAUUAUAACAUGUUUAACUUAUUUAAAUUUAAAAUUGUGUUUAAGUAAAUCUUUCAAUUAUAAAAAUAAAAUAGUAAAUAAAACAGAAAAUUGACUUCAAAUAUUCUUAAAACAUGUUUUCUCCAAACUAGUCUUAGGGAAUAAAAACAAAGAAAAAACUAUUUAAUAGUUUUGUCCUAUUAAAAAUGGUAAUUGGGUUAUAAUUGACCAGAUUAUUGCAUGUAUCAACUAUGUUAACUUGACGAUUUUCGUUAAGUCAACUUUUGACAUAUUUUAAAUAUUAAAAGUGGAUAAAUUUAUUAAUAAAACAAAUAAUACAUCACAAGCAACAAUAUCCAUAAAAGUAUUAUUUGAAUAUCAAAUAUUUAAAAUAUAAAUAAUUAUUGGAUAAAUAAAUUAUACAUAAUAAAAAAUAUUUUUCUGUAUAAGAAAGCAUUUCAAAUAAUUAAUAGCAGGGCUUAAUUUAUGUCUCCGAAUUUUUUAUAAAUGAAUUAUAAUUUCAAAAUGUGUAAUAUUUUAUCUAAAUAUUAAAAUUUUAAAAUAAUUUUAAUCUAUAACUUAAUUUUGAUAUAAUUAUAAGAUAUUUCUUAUUGUAUAAUACACAUAAUUUCAAUUUAUUAAUAGCGGGUUUAAAUUAGAUCUUUAUUAGUAUUAACACGAGUUAUAGUUACAUAAAUAAUAAUUUCAAAAUCUAAAUUUACAACAUUAUUUUUAACAUAUAUUUUUAUCCGGUGGUCCUAUUCUAGUUAUAUAUUACCUUGGAUUCCUUGCAUCCUCCUCUCACUCAAACAAUGGCAGCAAUGAUUGUUGACUUUCAAAACUGCUCCAUCUUCAUUCUCCUCUGCUUCUUCACAUUUCUCUGUUACUCCGUCUUCUUCUUCUUCAAGAAGACAAAUGACUUGGGUCCGAGCCCUCCCUCUUUGCCCAUCAUCGGCCAUCUUCACCAUUUUCUCUCAGGUCUACCCCACAAGGCUUUUCAGAAAAUCUCGACCAAGUACGGACCUCUCCUCCAUCUCCACAUUUUCAGUUUUCCCAUAGUCCUUGUCUCUUCUCCGACAAUGGCCCACGAGAUAUUCACGACACACGACUUAAACAUUUCGUCUCGCAACACACCUGCCAUCGACGAGUCUCUCCUGUUUGGACCUUCCGGCUUCACGGUAGCUCCUUAUGGAGACUACGUUAAGUUCAUAAAGAAGCUUCUUGCGACGAAGCUUCUUCGACCGCUGGCAAUCGAGAAGUCACGAGGUGUCCGUGCAGAGGAGCUAAAGCAAUUUUAUCUUAAACUGCAGGAUAAGGCGUUGAAGAAAGAAAGCAUUGAGAUUGGUAAGGAAACGAUGAAGUUCACUAACAACAUGAUCUGCAGGAUGAGCAUUGGGAGGAGCUUUUCAGAAGAGAACGGUGAGGUAGAGACUCUGAGGGAAUUGAUUAUCAAAUCGUUUGCCUUAUCGAAGCAGAUUCUGUUUGUAAACGUAUUACGUAGGCCACUGGAGAUGCUUGGACUAAUGUCACUGUUUAAGAAAUAUAUAAUGGAUGUUUCAAGAGGAUUUGAUGAGUUGUUGGAGAGGGUUCUUGCGGAGCAUGAAGAGAAACGGGAGGAGGAUCAAGAUAUGGACAUGAUGGAUUUGCUGUUGGAAGCUUGUCGAGACGAAAACGCAGAGUAUAAAAUCACUAGGAACCAGAUCAAAUCAUUGUUCGUGGAAAUUUUUUUGGGAGGCACAGACACCUCGGCACACACAACGCAGUGGACAAUGGCGGAGCUCGUUAACAACCCAAACAUUCUUGGGAGAUUAAGAGACGAAAUUGAUCUCGUUGUAGGCAAAGAAAGAUUGAUUCAAGAAACAGAUCUACCAAACCUCCCUUAUUUGCAAGCAGUGGUUAAGGAAGGGCUACGCUUGCACCCACCGGCACCUUUGCUGGUUAGAAUGUUCGACAAAAAAUGUGUGAUCAAAGAUUUCUUCAAAGUACCGGAAAAAACAACACUUGUUGUUAAUGUUUAUGGUGUGAUGAGGGAUCCAGAUUCUUGGGAAGAUCCUAAUGAGUUUAAGCCAGAGAGGUUUCUAACUUCAAAGCAAGAAGAAGAUAAAGUAUUGAAGUACCUUCCUUUUGCAGCUGGAAGAAGGGGAUGUCCUGCAACAAAUGUAGGCUAUAUCUUUGUAGGAAUCUCAAUUGGAAUGAUGGUGCAAUGCUUUGACUGGAGUAUCAAAGAAAAGGUUAGUAUGGAAGAGGUCUAUGCAGGAAUGAGUCUUUCCAUGGCUCAUCCCCCUAAGUGCACUCCAGUUUCUCGGCUCAGCCUUUAAUGUGCAGAGCCCGAGCUUAUGAUCCCGAAGAUCGGGCUAUGGUUCAUCUUCUUCACUACAUUAAUUACUGUUCUUUAUAUCAUGUUUACCGUUUGUAUUUGAAAGUCGAACAUCCAAAAUAAAUAGAUUUUCGUUCUUUUUUUUCUUAAAAAACAUCCAAAUAGACAUUUGAGAAUUAGUAAUUAUCAGAGCACAUCUCCGACCAGAGUA